CCACCUACUGCAAACCCGAGCUGACACUCAGAGCAAUGCUAGCAGCGUUUCCAUUCCCACAUCGUGCCGGAGCUGAAUAAAGGUGCCUUUUAAAAAGAAAAAUAAUCUCUUUACAAGCUGACAAGAAGAAAGCAAGAUAGCUGGCUCUUUGUCCCAGCUCCCGUGAUGGAGAGAAAAACAAACAGAAGAGAAAAGGAAUGCGAAGAAAAACACAGCAACUCCGAAGGCUCUGAGCAAGACAAGGACUAUAAAACGUCUCUGAUUACUCUGAACGUUGGUGGCUAUCUAUAUAUCACGCAAAAACAGACACUAACCAAGUAUCCAGAUUCUUUUCUCGAAGGGAUCAUAAAUGGAAAAAUAAUGUGCCCAUUUGAUACAGACGGUCAUUACUUCAUAGACAGAGAUGGACUCCUUUUCAGACACAUUCUCAACUUCCUACGAAAUGGAGAACUUCUUCUACCGGAAGGGUUUCGAGAAAAUCAACUUUUGGCACAAGAAGCAGAUUUUUUCCAGCUUAAGGUACUGUCGGAUGCAGUGAAAUCAAGGUGGGAGAAGGAACAGCUAGCAUGUCGAGAGACUACUUUCCUGGAAAUAACUGACAGCCACGACCGUUCACAAGGACUUCGAAUCUUCUGUAAUGCUCCUGAUUUCAUUGCAAAAAUAAAAUCCAGAAUUGUACUGGUGUCCAAAAGCAGGCUGGAUGGAUUUCCGGAGGAGUUUUCGGUAUCUUCAAAUAUUAUUCAAUUCAAGUACUUCAUAAAGUCUGAAAAUGGUACACGGCUGGUACUGAAGGAGGACAACACCUUUGUCUGCACCCUGGAAACUCUUAAGUUUGAGGCUAUAAUGAUGGCUUUAAAAUGUGGAUUUAGACUGCUGACCAGUCUGGAUUGCUCGAAAGGGUCAAUUGUUCACAGUGAUGCACUUCAUUUUAUCAAGUAAUCACAAAGGCAAAGGAAAAGAGCAUGCAGCCUUAAACCUCCUUGACCUGCAGCCUCCCGGCAUCACAAAUAACGUAUCUCACUAGUCUCGUACCACAGAGCUCGGCUGCUAAUCAAUGGAUGUGAGCUAAUGGUAUGUAAAUUCUCAUCAUGACAUCCAUCUCUGGCUUACUUAAGCUGAAUGAACAUUUUAUGCCUGAAUUUAAUAAAAAUGAUCUGCUCAACGUCGUAAACACAGACUGAAUGCUUUAUGCUAUUUGUAAUAUAUGUUUUCUCGAAGCUGUCUUUCAACCAGAGAGUCUCGCUGAAUUUCUGUGUACUUGUAUGACUAACAUGCAGACAUCUAACUGCUCUGCAGAACAGCAGUCAGAGUAUUUUCAUCUAACAAGCAGGCUUAAAAUAUGUUUUGCUUAUAACAAAUUCAGAAUGGAUUUUAACUGGAAUAAAUGGUUUUCAAUGUUCA